AUGAGUGUCAGUCUUACAGGCAGUUGUCUGCCACCAUCAAGCAGUUUACCACCUAUCCGUUCGCUACUGUCGGCAUCGGAGGAUCAGAUCUUCGCCGCUCUUAAGAACCUGCAGACGCUGUACUGUCCUGUACGCCUUCCAACUACUAUCUCACACCCGACAUCGAAAAGAGAGCACACAUCCAUCGUCUCACCCCCUGGACCCGCGGAUUCCGGUUACGCGUCUCAAGACGAAGGCGAAGAUGAUGAGAACCAAGUCACAACCGAAGAGGUGACAGCAGCUCUGCGUGCAGACCCAUUCGAGCGCACUUUUGCCACCCAAUGGCUAAACUCGCUCCUCGCGCGCUCGGAAGAGAUGGAAGUCGAUGACGAUGUACGAGAAAAGCUUGUCGAUGAUGCCGGCUUCAUUCUUUCAACCCUAUUCGAGAAUGCCGAUGAAGAGGAAGAGGCGCUGACACGAGACUUCUGCUUCCCCACAUCCUCUGGAGAUUCAGUCAAGGUCACGCUAAAUGAUGCGCCACUGUCGAGGACGGAUCAUACAGCUGUCGGACUUCAGUCCUGGGGUGCCAGCAUCGUACUCAGUAGCAUGAUGUGCGCCGAGCCAGAGCGCUUUGGACUGACUGAAGACAGUCUUGCAGGGAAGCAGACAAUCAUCGAGCUCGGUGCAGGCACUGGACUCGUCAGCUUAGCAGUUGCGAAAUUACUUCCUGUGGUCGGCGCUGGACCCGUCAGCAUCACGGCGACCGACUAUCAUCCUGCGGUUCUGGAGAACUGCAACGCAAACAUCGAGACAAAUUUUCCUUCGAGCUCAUACGACACAUCACCUGUAGAGACUGCAAUACUGGACUGGGCCCAACCUCCCGCACACAUGAAAUCAGCAUCAGAUCUUCUCAUCGCCUCGGACGUAGUCUACGCUCCCGAACAUGCCGCCUGGUUACGUGAUUGUGCGGCGCAUCUCCUGGCUCAGAACGGUGUAUUCUGGCUUAUGGUCACAGUGCGCAAGACGGGCAAAUUUGAAGGCAUUCCUGAUACUGUCGAAGCCGCUUUUGAACCGGAGUUCUGUGUCAAGAGCGACAGCGGGUUGACGUUCAAGAUCCUUGAAAGAGAAUUUGUAGAAAAGAGACGGGGUAUUGGACGCGGUGACGAGAGUGGAUAUAAUCUUUAUAGAAUUGGAUGGGCAUAG